AAUAAUGAUCUCGAGAUGGACGACCGCGAGGAGAUCCGCCCCGAGCCCGGGUUCGUCGUGAAGACGAUCGACGACGCGGGGAGGAAAAUCUUCGUCAACCUCCCACCCGACGUGGAGACCGCGCUCGCGAACUUGGACGACCCGACGCAGACGCAAAAGCUGCGGUUCCCUCUGAGCGUCUCCGAGGGGCGGAACGAGCUCGACAAGUCCGGCGCGCCGUGCACGGUGUACGACGCGGUGUUCAACGACGACGUCGUGAAGCAAGCGAUCGCGUUCCGCAGGCUCAAGGUGUUCCUCGUGGAGCUGUGUCUGCAGUGGGUGUCGCAAAAGUAC